AACACAACACCAACUCGUCCAGAGUUGUAAGAUUUGUUUUGACGGUUCGCAGAUUUCAAAAUCCUCCUUGUCUAUCGUGGGUUAUCUAUAUUGAGUGUUGAGAAACUCACAGAUUGUAAUCACUUGGUCCAACUCUCCUCCUCUAUUGUAUCUUUUCUCCUGAGACCUGAAUUGUUGAGAACUUAAAAUUCACCUAAUGAAGCAGAAGACAAGCUUCCAGAAGAAUGUUACUCAGGUAAAUAUUAUGAUUGGGUUGAUUGCAAUGUGUGGUAUGCUGGGCACGGCUAAGAGUGGAAGCUGUUCACACGCAAAAGCUCGUCAACGCCCUCAUCCUCGCCUACACAGAGUCUCCAUUAUUGAAUUUGGGGCUGUUGGUGACGGCGUCACCCUGAAUACCAAUGCCUUUCGGAAUGCCAUCGACCAUAUUGCUGCUGUUAACAAGGGUAUGGGUGGUGGAGCCUUGCUCUACAUCCCAGCUGGCCUGUGGUUGACGGGAAGCUUCACCCUUAUCAGUCAUCUAACGUUAUGGUUUCAUAGAGAUGCUAUCUUACUAGGAUCAACGAACUCAGGUGAUUGGCCUGUCGUAGAUCCUUUACCAUCAUAUGGGCGAGGCCGAGAAUUGCCUGGUAGACGACAUCAGAGUCUUAUUUAUGGACACAACUUGACGGAUGUCAUUAUUACUGGUGAGAAUGGAACAAUUGAGGGUCAGGGAAACAUUUGGUGGGGCUGGUUUCACAACAAGAGCCUCAACUACACUCGGCCUCACUUGAUAGAAUUUAUCAACUCAACUGAAUUAGUCAUCUCAAAUUUGACAUUUCUAAACUCACCCUUUUGGAACAUACACCCUGUAUAUUGCAGCAAGGUGAUUGUCCAAAAUCUUACCAUUCGCGCACCUUAUGAUUCCCCCAAUACAGAUGGAAUUGAUCCAGAUUCUUCGAAUGAUGUUUGCAUUGAAGAUUGUUACAUUAGCACAGGCGAUGAUUUAGUUGCAGUCAAAAGUGGGUGGGAUGAGUACGGCAUUUCCUUUGCUCGUCCAAGCACAAAUAUCAGCAUCUACAGGCUGCGAGGAGAAACUCAAAGCUCAGGGAUAACAAUUGGAAGUGAAAUGUCUGGAGGAGUGUCAGAUAUCUAUGUAGAAGACCUCUUUGUUUUCAAUACCAAAACAGCUAUUACAAUAAGAACGUCUCCAGGACGGGGAGGUUAUGUUAAAAAUGUUUGCAUAUCAAAUAUGUCAAUAAGGAAUAUAACUACAGCUAUAUGGUUUAAUAGUCAGUAUGGUGAACAUCCAGAUAACCAAUACAACCCAAAAGCCUUACCUUUGAUAGAAAAAAUUACAAUUAAAAAUGUUGUGGGAGACAAUAUCAGAGUGGCAGGCCUGCUGGAGGGUAUACAAAGGGCUGAUUUCCUUGACAUCUGCUUGUAUAAUGUUACCCUAAAUGCUAACUCAGCACCUCCAUGGCACUGUUCACAUGUGCAAGGAUAUUCCGACUUGGUUUUUCCACCAUUGUGUGAGCCACUGAGGGAGAUCAUACUUCCAGAGCAUUUCUCAGAUUGCUACCACUUCACACCUAACUACUGAGGAGUGAGGAGAUGGACUGAUUCAAGCAGAGGGCAAAACUCUUCUCAUGUUUAACAAUGUAACAACAAAAGGCUUUUCUUCAAGCACUUGUAUUUAGGUUUUUCCUUCUUUUUCCCUUUAUCUUUGGUUGGAUAACUGUUAUUGAUUGAUCUUGAAUCAUGCAAUUGGGUUUGGAAGACAUUUUAAGAGCUUCUAUGAUGCAA